AUGCCUCAAAUAGCACCUCUUUUAUGAUUAAAUCUAUUUUUUAUAUUUCUUAUUGGAUUUCUUUUAUUUUUUAUUCUAAACUAUUUUAUAAAAUCUCCACUUAAAAUGUCCCCUUCAAUUGAACUAAAAGCUCAACACCAAAAAACCUGAAAAUGAUAA